CAUGGACUCCAACAUCACGAAGCAGGCGAUGAACGAGAUCGAGACCCGGCACAAUGAGAUCAUCAAGCUGGAGAACAGCAUCCGGGAGCUGCACGACAUGUUCAUGGACAUGGCCAUGCUGGUGGAGAGCCAGGGGGAGAUGAUCGACCGCAUCGAGUACAACGUGGAGCACUCGGUGGAUUAUGUGGAAAGGGCCGUGUCUGACACCAAGAAGGCUGUAAAGUACCAGAGUAAGGCGAGGAGGAAGAAAAUCAUGAUCAUUAUAUGUUGUGUGGUGCUGGGCAUUGUGAUUGCAUCCAGUCUUGCAGGGACUCUGGGAUGAAACUCAGACCAGCAGCAAUCGCUACUCAUGGAUACUGUGCACACACACACAAAAAUACACACACCUAUUUGCUGAUACACUCACAUGCAAACAUAUCCUCACACUCAACACAGUGCAGUCUGCCACACAACAACCCACAAAACAGAACAGAAACCGCAGCAGGAGGAGUAUUUCUUAUGCAUGAUUUCUUGAUUCAUUUGAGUUUUGUAUCUGUGUGGUUCUGCGAUGUGUUACCUGGGUGUUGAAUGUUGUUAUAUGACAAAAGAAAAAUGUUUUUGAGUUUUCAUUUUAAAGGGGAGGGGUGUUGGUAAUUUAGCCAAAUGUAAUGUUGUACAUGUAUUCCAAUAACGGUUGUUUCUUUUUCUUUUUCCUUCUUCAAAGAAAAAGAAAACUUCUCUGGUCCAAUACAGGCAGUGGCUAAAUUCUAUAUGUGAAUUAUUGAAUGGUUAAGUUGUUAACAAGUAAUCAUGCAAUUAGCUACUCAGCUGAUUAAGGUUCACAUUGGACUACAGAGCUAUUUAUUCAUUAAUUCAGUGCUCUGACUAAAAGUACAGCAGAUCUAUCAAAACCACUUUGUUUAUUUAAAAAUUGUCUUCAGUAAAAUGAAGUGGUUUAAGUUGUUUUAGUCCCUGAUUAAAAUCUGAAGCUGUACCAAGGCAGCAAGCGAAAAGGUCAUUCCGGCUGAAACACUAACAUUAGAGAGGGACGCUAUAAUGUCCAAGGAAAUGCUGCAAAUGAUUGUUGCUGAGCUGCUAAUGGCUAAAUGAUCUGAAGAUCUCCUUCCUUGGUUUUGUGAAUAAUCCCACAGUGAAGGUCUCAGUAUCAAUCUGUUCUUUUUUAUCUGAAGGUACCAAAUUAACUGUCAUAAUAAUGAGAGACUCUGUGGCUAAUAUGCACAUCCCAUCCUUGACCUUUGGAAGUAUUGUGGUCACCUAGGGCUCAGUGGUUUAUGUCAAGAGGGACUAUAUAGAGAAGAUCCAGCUUUCACUGGCUUCCUAGAAAAGACAGUUAUCCUCAUUCUGGGUGGAAAAAGCCAUGCAAACAUCUUGUUAAAGUUAUUCAUACACAGCAUUCUGUGUCAAUAAGAGCUAAAGCACAUCUACAGGCCCAUGAUGGCACUGGACUGCAAUACGCCUCUUCUGAGAAACAGCAGUAUGAAGGGAGUUCACAAAGCAUGUUCUGCCACACUACUUCCUGCACUUUGUUUGUGAAUUCCUCCUGUUGGGUUUGUGUGCUACAGGCCUGCAGGGCUUCCUUCUGGAGUAUCCCAGAAUACCAGUGGGACACUUUCCAACAUCACUGUGUUUCUUUACUAAGGAGGGAACAGGGGAUAUUUCUGUAUUAAGCUGAUUCUGCAAAUAUUUAUGACCUUAAAGUAUCUAGAGUUAAUUGCAAUAAAAUCUGUUCUUCAGUUUUUUGGGUAGUUGGCAAUGCACAGCUCCAGCUUUUGAUAUAUAUAGUCUUCCAUUUUCUUUCUGGACGCCUCUCUCUCCAGCGAUUCAUUGAGCUAAUUUGCUUCAUUGCUUCAUUGGAUCACGAAUGGAACGGAUUAAUGAACAGUAGUUCCAGGUCCUCAGCAAUUUCGGGUUCAGAUCUCUGAGACAUACAGGACCAAGAACUCUUUGACAAAGUCUCCAUUGUUAUGAUGGAAAUGAAGUUCAGUUCCAUCUGAUCAGGCAGGAUUAUGGAACUAUUGUCCAAUGAUCAAAAAAUAUACAACAGCUCUUCCCCUAAAAGUAGAUGGCCCAGGAAAAAUUAAAAAUGAGAAAAUGGCAACAUACCUAAUACAUAUCAGUACUUUUCAAACAGAAAGUGCAAGGCUUAGACCAAAAGCUAUACUGGCUUGUGCAAAGUCAAGCACAAUAAUAAUGUCUAAUGUGAGUCAAAGGUUAUAUAAAAUAGUUACCACCUUGAAAGAUGCUGAAGUUCUAGACAUCAGAAUGCAGUUGGAUUUCCUGGGGAAGGGUGUGGGGAGAUGCAUCACUUUACUUACUGAGCAUUAACCAUGACUUCAAACAUAGAUAUAAAAUACUAGAUCAAAAUCUUGCCCUCUGUUUGUGAAGAAUAAUACCGAUGGUCCAGGAAAAGAAACAUCAGAGAGAAGAUUGUCUAAAUGCCACAAAAGGCAACAGAUUGUCCAGCUGUUGCAUUAAAUAUAAGUGCUUUAAAAUUAACUAAUUCCAGAUUAAAUCUUAACCCUAGAGCCAGUGACAAGAUGAGUCUCUGGAUGGAGAUGGGUGGAUCCUUUGUUGUUUCUGCUGUUUCUGUUACCCAGUACGAUCUUGUCAUCAAAAUAAUGGGUUUUGAAUCUACAACUGAUUAGAAGGUUGGAGGUUGGGCUUCAUUUGCAACUUCAGUUUGAUCUUCUGCAGACAAAACCAAACUGUUAUGAGAUGUCUGCUUUUUAUUUUGAAGUACCACCUUGAUUCCACUGUUUUGGUUGUAAGGCCACUGUCCUGUUUGCUCAGAUUACACCUUCUGAAGUCCCUCAAAAUCAAACAUGGAUGUAGAACUAAACUACUGUAGGACUAAAUCAUGAAGUGGUGGUUAAAAGAGCACAUUUGUUUUGGACUCUCUAAGGGAUGGAUGAGAUCUGUAUUUGGUCUUAAGCUGUCACCCCUCUCCUGGAGUUAUAUUUGCAUGAUGUUUGGGAAACAGAACAACUUGUACAGUGGCGAAACACAGUUCUGAAAACCUUUCCUAUUGCUGGUGUUGCCCCAGAUAAGAUCUCGAGGAGAGAACAGAACUUUCCAUCAGUAUUAUUUGUCACAAGGUUAUAGAUAAACUUUUCUUUCGGCUUGCUGUGUUUUUGGAGAUGUUAAAUUAGUGAACAGCAGCCUUUUACUCUUUAUUUGUGUGUGCAUGUGUGUGUGUGUGCUCACGUGCAUUUUAAAGCCUGUAUUAAACCACAUGUGUCUUUAUUGGUUUUCCUUUUGAUCAAAAGCUCCAUUUAAAUCAGCGAGUUUUAAUAUUCUAUCCACUUGUACAGCACAUACAAAAUAAGCAUUGCAGCAUUCAUUAUCAAUUUAUAUAUACUUGAGAUACAGUACAUUCCCUGCAUCCUGAUGUGUGCCUCUUUCUUUGCUUUGGGUAUCCUUUAGCUGUUUGUAUAUGUACUGAUGAAGAGCCCACCACUACUGAUCCUACUGCAUGUAGGAUAGUGCUGUGUUGUUCUCUUAUGUUAUUCUUUGUGUGGAGAUAUCGAACCAUUCCAAAUAUUCCAGACAACUGCCUGAAGGUCAACUAAUUCAGCCAUCAGAUUCAAAUACAUUCCAACUGCUGGAUAAAUCUAGUUUUUAAGAAGCGCAGCCAUGCUGCCUAUUUGAGUGGCUGUGUCUGUGUUCUAACGAGUUUUUUUUUUAAUUGAAUUUUAAUGCUUGUCCGAAGCUGCUUGUUGUUUUUAUGAAGGGAGGGCAUUAUGGAUGCAUGCCACACAUGUCAUGCUCGCUGGGCUCAUAGUAUCCCUCGGCACUGUCCCCAGUACAGGAGAGUGGUAAAAUCAAGGUGCAGCUCUGACCCUAAAAUCGUCAGUCGUGGACAGUUGUGGUCUAUCCCCCAACUCCUGUGCUAGAAGCUGUUGCUAAGUUAUGAAGGACCACGUUGUUCCUCUGUAAUGAUCUUCACGUGGGCAAGGCGAGCUUUUGGGUGAGAGGUUGCCUUGGCAGCUAUGAAAACUGCAUUAGAAAGGAUCAGACUUGAACAAACGAAAACGCCUUCUGAACAUGCCCUCUGCUCCGCUGCGAGUUGCCUAGAGGUCACCCCAAGUAUAAUGCAGCCAGAUCUUCAACCCCAGUCCAUCUUGUCUCCUUAAUAAGCAGCUAACGGGAGCUACUUGUGUAUAUUGUGGGAGCCGUGUAAAUUGUGACGAACAAAAGAAAAAUCAGCUUGCAUGUUAGGCCGAUCGGAGUUACUGGUGUCGUCCUCUUGUUGUUCAGUGCAGUGGGUUAGAAGUGUCUCCUCUUCUUGUCUUUCUUUUGUCCUGAUGUAUAACUGUUCAAGCUGUGAAGAAGUGCUUUCUUAUGGUCGGGAUUCUUAUUAUUUCUUCUUUGUGAACUUUCGGGUGUCUUUGAACUUGUGCCCUGAGCUUGUACUGUCCAUUGGUGUCCAGCUACGCCUGGGCCUGUCAUUCGCUGGUCUUGCUGUGCUCUCUGCAAUGGGCUGGGAAGGUAGUGCUCUUGUCAGGUGUAGCUGUCAGGGCCUCAGUCUGCGGGUGUUGAGGAGCCUCAGUGGGUUAGCCAACUGUUCGUGACCUGCUCUCGUAUCUCCUUCAAGCUGUGCCCACUGUCUUAGCUGUUGCGCGAUUUUUUUCUAACUAGAUCUUCUUCCACUUCAGUCUGUGACUGCUGUGUCUGCAGCAAUGUUGUCGUGCAGAUCUUAGCCGAUGCUUGUUUGGAACAGAAAAGCAAAAGAUUUCCUCUGCGUAGUCCUGAAACUGCAGCGGUGCUUGACAUGAAAGCAAUAGGCUUUCAGCUGUGCUUGGGCUCAAACGUCAACAGAGAUGCGCAAUUCCACGCCCAGCCUGCACAGAUGGGAAAGGGGAAAUGACCUCACGGUUCCGGCAGCUAACUGUUGAGAUGUGGACAAGUCUUGUUUGGCCAAAGUGUCUUGUGUGGAGUUCUUGUAUCAGAUUGAGAGCAUUACAGUCAAAUCCACGACACAGGCUUAGAAAAGUCACUAGAGUCCCUCAAGGCUGAAAUUACUUCUUAACAUAGCUGACUCUACCCGUUUACCUGUAUCUGUUCACAUCAGUCAUCAGGUGCAAAUUCUGUGUACAGUUCCGGUCAGUUUGAAAAGGGGCUCGAAUCCUCAUUAGUCUGUGCAGGUUGGUAACUAAGCAAACAUGGCCGCAGUGUUUCAAUGUAGAAUUUUUGUUCUUUCGCAAGCAAUGAUAUCCCAGAUAAUCCAAUCUUGUCGGGCUCCAUAAUAAUCCAUUUUUCUGGACUUGAGGUCCAAAACCACAUCCAGGUUGUUCUCGUUAUACGAGUCCACCGGAAUGAUGGAACAACAUCAGCACAAGAGCAUCGGCUCCACUUGCAACAGCACUUCAGUUUUGCUUUUCAAAACAGGGAUUCACGAUGCACACAGUGGAUAUCACUAGGCCCUGCAGUACUGGUCACAACUAAGUUGGGGUCACAGGAGGAUCGCUGCAUUAGCGCAGUUUCAUGAUUAGAAAUGCCCGCCAUCACAUUACUUAAUCGUAUGCAAUCACUAUUAAUUUUUCUGUUCUGCACUUGUUAGUUUAUAUCUAACAAAAUUGCAAUCACUCACAUGGCAAUUUGGUUUGUACUUAAUGAACAUUCCUAACCUCCUGGGCUUGUCAGUUCUGCCACAGAUUUUUUAAAACAUUUUUAACAGCCCAAGAGGUCUUCAUCCAAGUUCCAACAUGGACAACCCUUUUAAACACACUAACUUCUCCUUUACAAAAAUUCUAUGAUUGGACUGUCACCUGAAAACAGAAAGGUGAAGUGAAACGUUAGCAUCCUUCAAGCAGGGUCUGUAGUUCUCGCUGUAUUUCGUUUAUAUCUUCAGCCCUUCCCAUCAUGCCUUGUACAGCCAGUAGUCACGUCAGACUCUGCUCGACAUCGAACCUUCCAAGCGCCCAUCAGCAUGCUGGUACUAUGGGCAGGACAUCUUGAGUCUCCGAGUCGUUCUUGAUUUACACGGCAGAUGCGUUCCUGAAAAAUCCUUACAUUCCAGAUGUUCUGUCACGCAAUUCCCCAGUGACUUCGAACCGCAUUCCCUGCGGGCGUGCACGUCCACAGAGGGGCUUAUGGCCUGGGACCACGUCCCACUAGAGGGCUGGACUCCCAGAUGAAAGCAGUUACACAUAUUAACGUAAGAUGUUUAUAUACUUCUAUUAAAAAAAUCAUUUUUAAAAUGAAAGAAGAAUUUCCUGUAAAGGAGAGGGGAAGAGUGUCAGUAGUGGAUGGGAAAUACUGGAGUCAGGAGCCCAGAGACGGCUCUGGACUGGUCACCUGUCCUAUAAUGUUUAAAAAGUCUUAUAUAGUUAGUUAUAGUUUUCCUUGGUGUUUUAUCUGAUUAACGCUAGACUUUAAUUGUUUUAUCUAAUUUUAAAUUUAAAUGUUAAAUGAGCAAGGUUUUAUUUACAGAUACACUGUAUUGAAUCUUGUUUUGAAUAUUUGUUUCAUGUACUGCAGUAGCUUACUCUUUUAGAGCUUUAUUGAUUUAAUACUAUAUAAACUAUGAUCAGGUGGCUGUAAAAGAGCACAGUAACUCCACCUCGAGUCAACAAAUUACCCGAAAGCCAUAAAAAUUCAGCCCAAAUUGUCCUCGAGGGAUCAUCACACAAGGAGUAGGGAAUAGAGCCGAAUCCUGUGGGAGUUCCACUCAUUCUGUACCUGCGUUCCACUGUUUUUACAGAGUAUUGUCUGCAACACUCCUGGUCGCUUGUUACUGACUGUAACCAAGCAUGUUAAGGAGAGAACUGUUUCAGCCUGAAUUAAGAAACGGUUUAUAUUUUUGAGGAAUGUUAAACCAGUUUCCAGUCGGAGAGAAGCGUGACUGAGCUCCAUGCAGUCUGAGAUGGAGCCCUGGUGGAGAAACAGUGACACUAAUCGGCCAGCUCUUCUCUCUCAUCGGGCACCAGCUCGCCUCGAUGGCCUGUCGGUGUUGCACAGCCCACUCCAUUUUUAUUCAGCUUUAUUUUUUUUAUCUGUUUUACUGUAGGUUUAAUUUACAUUCGUUUAUUAUAAUAAUUGCUUAUACAUGUACUGCAUAUUUAUUUUCUUUUGCUGUUAUUAAUAUAUAAAUUAAGUCAUUUUCGUUUCAAGAAUUUGUUCUUUACAGAUGACUUUCAAGGAACGCAUCAGUCUCGUAAGUCAAGGAUGCUGUCGAAAGUGCCUGCUGGUUUUAUUCUGGUCUAUUUUUUUUUAAGUUUAUGUUUCAGUGUUUACACCUCCAUCCUAGUGUCUGUUCUCUGUUGGUUGUUGGUGAAGGUUGCUUCAGGAACCUUCUUGGUUCUUUUGGACUGUGGAAACACCUGUUUAGCAUCCAAACCCAAACCUCAAACAGAAAGAGGGUUCAGUUUCCUGCUAUGUGACUGACACUCCGCUUGUAGCAGAUAUCCAGUAUAGGCAGAUCAGAAGUCAUGUGAUAUCAGCAUGAAACUCUGUCACCCCCGACUUACCUGCAACCCAGCACACUGAAUGCAUGCAUGGGCCCAAAAUAAGAUGCUAUCUGGGAUGUCACCCAAACCAAAGAUAUUUGCAAAAAAAAAAAGUUUAAAAAAGUGCAGUAAUUGAUGUAUUAAUGUACAAGACUUUCAGAGCCAUUCAUCCUGUUAGCUGUCACACAGAUUACUGAAUUGACUCUGUUCUCCUGACCAGCCAGACUGAAACUCACAAAACUGGAAAAACAAAGUGUGCUUUUGAAGUUGUCCCAUAAUGAACAUGCAUCAUGGUGGCUUACUGUAGGACGUGCCAAAUCUCGCAGGUCAUACUUGGGUUAUUUUUUUUAAUACAAUAAGAUUAUAGUUUUUGGUCCUUUCAAGUGUAACUCUUUGUUAUUAUAAUUAUUCUUAUUUUUCAUAUGGGCUGAGUAUUUCAAUGAAUAAAAGCUUAUGCAAUUUUAAACAGUCAAAUAUAUCUGUAAAAAAAACACUGAAAUGUUGUUGAAGAAAAUAAAGGUGGAAAGAUUUACCUGA